UGUGGGGGAGGCGUUGGCCGUGCGCGGAGUAAACUCUCGGCUCGACUUUGAAUAUUUUUUUGUUUUUCUCUGCUUCUGUUGCUUGAUCUCUGAGCUUGAUCCGGAUUGUUCAGCACCCUACUACUCACAUCUAUUGUGGUCGAUAUACAUAUUACUGAAGAGAAACAGUCAGACAAGUCAUAUACAAACAAAAUGCUUUCCCGCCUCAGAUCAUCACCACGCACCCUCCCCACACGUCUCCUCCGCGCAUUCUCAACCACCCCCCCGACCCUCCUGAAGAAAACUCCGCUCUACGAUCUACACCUGGCGCACGGCGCGAAUAUGGUUGAGUUUGCGGGGUACUCGAUGCCGGUGCUGUACGCUGCGCAGACGCAUGUGGAGUCGCAUAAGUGGGUGCGCGCGCAGGCGGGGGUGUUUGAUGUGUCGCAUAUGGUGCAGCAUGUAUUCAAAGGACCGGAGGCGACUUCGUUUCUGGAGAAGAUCACGCCGUCGAGUUUACGUGAGUUGCCGCGGUUCCAGUCGACGCUCUCCACGCUACUUCUCGACACUGGUGGGAUUGCGGACGACUUGAUGAUCACGAAGCGCGCCGAGGACGAGUACUACGUCGUCACCAACGCCGGCUGUCGCGAGUCCGAUCUCGCCUUCUUCAAGCGCGAGCUGCAACUAUUUCCGAGCGUGGAGCACGUCGUGUUGGACGAGAGCGCGAUUCUGGCGGUGCAGGGGCCGAGGGCUGCGGAGGUGCUGCAGCGACUUACGCAGGAUGAUCUCGGCGCGCUCAAGUUCGGCAUGGCAGGCCUGCUGGAUUUCAAAGGCAGCGAGAGGUAUCAUGUCGGCCGGGGUGGGUAUACGGGCGAAGACGGGUUCGAGGUCUCGCUUCCGUCUCGCGAGGCGCUUAGUUUUACGGAGCGGAUGUUGGCGAGUUCGGAGGGGGUGUUGAAGAUGAUUGGGCUUGCGGCGCGGGACUCGUUGCGUUUAGAAGCAGGGAUGUGUUUGUACGGCCACGACCUCGACGCGGAGACGACGCCGGUGGAAGGGUCGCUUGCGUGGACGAUUGGGAAGAGGCGGCGCGCGGAGGGCGGGUUUAAUGGGUUCGAGACCGUCGCGCGACAGUUGGCGGAGGGGGUGGACCGGCGGCGGGUGGGGAUGAGGGUGCGCGGGCCGCCGGCGCGGGAGGGAUGUGUGGUUUAUGACGAGAGCGGGACGGAGGUGGUGGGGAAGAUUACGUCGGGCAGUCCGUCGCCGACGGCGGGGGGGAAUGUCGCGAUGGGGUAUUUGAGGAAGGGGUAUUGGAAGACGGGGACGAAGGUGUUGGUGGAUGUCCGGGGGAGGAAGCGGGAGGGCGAGGUUGCGAGGAUGCCGUUUGUGGAGACCAAGUACGUGAGGUGAUGAUGUUACAUAUAUAUAUAUAUAUAUAGUAUAAAUAUACAAUAAGCAAACAUCGUCCUCUUAAUACAGUAUUAGUAAGAAGAGCGACGCCGCUGCUGCUCCGGCGCUAGUCCCAAAC